UUGCGUAGAGAGAGAGAGUGGAAUGAGUGCCCCUCUCUCUUCCUAGGCCUCAAAGUUCAGACAUGCAGAGCAUAGAGAGAGAUGGAGCGUGAGGCAAGAGAGAUAAAUAGUAAGAAGAAGCCAAGCAAAUAGUAACAUAGUUUCUCACUUCACAUGGAUAUCUUAAGUCGACCAUGCGGAUCACAAAACUCUAUGCAAAAAACUCCCCCACUUUAUCUCUCCUCUUCCAGGCCUGCACAGAAGCCAAUUCACUUGUCCAACUCCACUGCCAAUUACUCAAGACUGGCCUCUCUCACAACACCUUUCUCAACACAAAACUGGUUUCUCUUUAUGCAAAAUUCAAGCGUUUGUUCGAUGCUCGUCAAGUGUUUGAUGAGAUUCCACAAAGAAACAUAUAUUUAUGGAACGCCAUGUUGAGAGGCUAUUGCAGAGAGAGAAAGUGGCAAGAAACGCUUGAACUUUUCUCUCAAAUGGAGAGACUGGAUGUAAAGCCAGAUAAUUACUCAGUGCCCAUUGCCAUCAAGGCUUGUGCAGGCCUCUCGGCCAUUCGUCUAGGCAGGAAAAUCCAUGAAAAGAUUAUGGGCAGUUGGGUCAUUGCUGAUAUGUUCGUGGGUUCAGCGCUGAUCGAAUUAUAUGCAAAAUGUGGAGAAAUGGAGGAAGCCCGAUGUGUGUUUUCACAAUUUUCUAAACCAGAUGUUGUGUUAUGGACUUCUAUGGUGACUGGUUAUGAGCAAAAUGGGCAAUUCGAUGAAGCAUUGAACUUUUUUUCUCUAAUGCAGGAGAGAGGGCCAAGGCCUGAUACUGUUACUCUAGUGAGCGCGUUAUCGGCUUGCACCCAAUGUGAGAGAAACAUCAAGGACGGGAAAUGCUUUCAUGGGUACAUAAUCAGGAGGGGAUUUGAGACUGAUUUGCCCCUCAUCAAUGCCCUCUUGAAUUUUUAUGCCAAGUCCGGAUCAAUGAAACUUUCUAAAAAGGUGUUCGAUAAUAUGAAUGAGAGAGAUGUUGUCUCAUGGGGUGCCAUGAUCAAUGGGUACGUUUACAAUGAGCAGGCAGCCGAGGCAUUGGGUAUUUAUAGAGAGAUGCUAGAGAAAGAUAUAGAGCCCAAUUCAGUUACAUCAGUAGGUGCACUUCAGGCUUGUGCCAUUAUGGGGGCCUUAAGAGAUGGCCAAAGGAUCCAUGACUCUGCAAUUAGAAAUGGGUUCGAAUCUGAUCUCGCUUUUUCUACAGCUUUGAUCGAUAUGUAUAUGAAAUGUGGAUGCUUUGAGCUUGGGCUCGAGCUCUUUAACCAAAUGCCUGUUAAGGAUACUGUUACUUGGGCGGCGGUAAUUAGUGGUUAUGCUCAAAAUGGCUUAGCAAAGGAGUCUUUAGGGGUUUUUAGAGAGAUGUUAAUGGCUGGUAUUUUACCUGAUGCUGUAACAAUGGUGAAGGUUCUUGCCUCGACUGCACAAUUGGGUCUUGUUCAACAAGCGUUAUGCCUUCACAGCUACCUGAUAAAAACUGGGUUCGAGGAGAAACCAUUUGUUGGGGCCUCUCUGAUAGACUUGUACUCGAAGUGUGGGUCUCUAGAAUGUGGAGUAAGACUGUUUGAGGCUAUGAGAGAGAAAGAUGUGGUGGUUUGGAGCGCGAUGACUGCCGGGUUUGGGAUUCAUGGGUCUGGGGCUGAAGCCAUUCAAUUAUUCAACAAAAUGUGUGCUGCCUCAAUUGUACCAAAUAAUGUCACAUUUGUCUCUGUCUUGUCAGCUUGUAGCCAUUCAGGAUUGAUUCAAGAAGGCUUCGAUCUUUUCGAUGUCAUGGUCCAUAAAUACGGAAUAGUACCUGAUGUAGAGCACUAUGCUUGCAUGGUUGAUCUUCUUGGUAGGACUGGUAAUUUGAAGAAGGCCAUGGAUUUUGUUGAGAUGUUGCCUAUAAAGGCUGGUCCUCAAGUGUGGGGUGCUUUACUUGGUGCUUGUAGGAUUCAUGGAAACGUAGAGUUAGGAGAACUUGCAGCAAAGAAGUUGUUCGAAUCGGAACCAAACCAUGGUGGGUAUUAUGUGCUAUUGUCCAACAUAUAUGCAGUUGGAGGAAGAUGGGGUGAUGUAGGGAAAGUGAGAAGAUUGAUGAGAGAUAAAGGAUUAAGGAAAACACCAGGUUAUAGUUCAAUAGAGAUCAAGAAUGUGGUUUCUAUGUUUUUGGCAGGGGAUAAGUUGCAUGCGCAAUCGGAAGAGAUAUGCCGGUUGUUGGGCAUUUUAAUGGCGGAGAUGAGAGAGAGGGGGUAUGAACCUGAUACCAGCUUUCUAAUGCAUGGUAUGGAAGAUGAGAGGGAAAUUUUAUUGCAUGAUUUGGAAGAGGAGAGGGAAAUAUUUGGGGGCAAAUGCUGAAAGUAGAAGAGAGAGACACUAUG